UUUUCCGAAAAAUUCGAUCCAAAGUUUUGUUGGAUCAAAGGUGUGAAACUCAAAGGCACAGACAGUCGCGCAAAACACAAGAGAGUGAAAGAGGAUGGGAAUCUCGGCCUCAAAGCGAGUCAAAUCCUCGCUAUCCAACUCGCCCGCCUUCGACUCGGCCUGCGACUCGGCCUUCACUCACUGCCUCUCCCUAACCGAGCACGCUUUCGACGGCGUCUUCCCCUACCAGCUCCCCACAGCCUCCGAUCACCUCCACAAAACCCUCCACACCCUCCACCCGCACCCUCUCAUCCUCAACUGGGUCCCAUCUCCCCCGACUCGCUCCCUUGUCGACUCCGCCCUCAAGGCCGUCACUCGUCCCGCCCACGCCCAAACUCUUGGGCCGGCCCAGUUCAAGCAGUGGGCAGUAGAGCUCUUCGCCGGCGCUGUCGUCGAGAAUGCUGGGAAGGCCGUGAUGUUUCGAGUUCCGAUCGGCGUCGCCGGGAUUGCUGGGAUCGGGGCUGCGACUCGGUCCGGUAAAGACUUAGUUGGGGCCGUGAUUGGCGUCUACUCACUCGGGGUUGCGACUUCGAUCUUCCUGAGUUUGUCUGGAUAGGGUACUUUGUAAAACUGAAAUAAUGGAAUGCAAUGGAAUUGUCGAUGCUAAGUAUUAUUCUUUCUAA